UACAGUAUAUAAUUUAUCCAAAUCUUCUACUUCAUCAAUCUAUACGAUAUUCAAAUGUCAUCAUCAUUCGAAAACGGCGCCCUUUACAUGACCCUCAAUACACGAGGUCAACCUGGAACAUUCCACUGGGGAAUAUUCCUUCCAUGUUCAGGAGUAAAGGGAUGGUACUACCAUGCAACGAACAAAUCCGGCGGCUGGACACUUGAAGACCAUCGUCUUGCCUACAAGCUUGACUUUCUAUCCUCUGAGGCGGCUUUAGACCAAGCCUUGCGAGCUAUCACAGACUUUGGUCCAAUAUCUAAGCGGACAGGUGAAACUUUCAGUUGCAGAACUUGGAUGAAGGAUAGCCUUGCCACGCUACAUGACAAGGGCAUUGUAACUCUGCCCGCUGAUAUUGACACGCUUGCGAAAAAGGCUUUCGAUGAAGCGACCCCUCUGGAGUCCGCUAUCGAAUCGGGAACAGGCGGUUUGACUAUCAUGGAUGGCAAUACUUAGUCUUAGAGAAGUUCUUACAAGUGUGUUUAGAUCUGAAAAUCUUAUCGGGGCUCUAGAGUUUUUGUUUUCAGUAUCUUCGACACCGAUUAGUUGUACAAUGGAUUAUGUACUUGGCAGAAUUUC